AUGUCAGGAAUUCUCUUUGGUUGGAACCCCUCCCCUUGGCCGCACUUGAAAAGCCGGCGGAUGAGGCCGGACACCGCGCCCCGUGCAAAAGCCCUGCUCACUGGCCUCGCCGGGGAAGGGGACGCGGUCGGGGUCGUCCCGGCGGCGGGCAGGCGCCGACCGGACCACUCACCUGUCAGCGGCCGCCGGCGAGGGGCGGGGAAGGGGCGGAGAGCGGGAAGGGUGGCUGACCCCACCGACCGCCCUCCGCGGCUGCGCCCCCGACCCGUCGGCGCCGGCCCCGCCCUCCCGACUGUGACGUCAGCGCCCGCGGACCACUCAACGGCCGCCCCUGCCGGCUCGCUGGGAGCCGAUUGGCCGGUGGGAGGAAGGGCGGGCGGCAGGAGGAACCGAGGGAAACCCUGCGGCCGGCGGUUGCCAUGGACGCUCUCGCGCCUAGUAACCAGGCUCCGGGAGACCUGGCGGGUCGCGGAGGUGACGCGGGGAAGCGCAACCCAAGGGAGAGGCCGCGGAGAUGAGGCAAUGCAGGUUUGGAGAUGUUGGGUAGCUUGCUCCAGAGACACACAAACAGAGGAAGAGCCAUGCUCUGAAUCCGGGGCACACCUUGUUGGGAGUACCUCCAGAGAGCCAAAGGUUUGGGAGACCCAUCACCAACAUCCUUUGAUGUCUCCCCUAUAUCCAGGAAGCCUCAUGAGCACAUCACUGUUGCUACAGAACAAGAGAGGGGUGACGGCGGAAGAUUCUUGAACCUCCACAGCCACACAUGGUGGCUAUUUUCUCCUGGCUUCCCCCUCCCACAGCAGCAUAGCAGGAAGAGAAGCAUCACAUUAUCUUGCAGCAGAAACAUGGCAAGACAGAAUUUAAUUAUAUGUGGCUGCAAGUUAGCCACAACAUUGGAUGAGGUCAUCAGUUCUUACAGAAAAUGACCAAGGCUUCUUGAAAGGUGACAACUAUUUUUAAAUAACUAGACUUUUAAAAAAAAAAUGUUUUCUUCUCUCCCCUCUCAGCUUAAGGCAGAUUGGCCCAAGUCCUAAUUUAGAUCAGUGUUUCUUGUGAGUACUAGAGAUUAUCUUUCUUCCCCUGGUUCUCUAUCCCUGGAGUUUGUAUACACAUCCAAGCACACAGCUUAGAAAUAACAAUGAAAAUAUAUAAAUUGGUAUCUGAGACACAUAUACAGAAGCUUUAAAUAACUUAUUGGGUGCCACACUCUCUUGAGGGGGUGGUUAAGAGAGUCAGGAAGAGAUUGCAGAGGACACAGUGACUCUACUAUGGCUCUGAGAGUCGUUCUCAGAAAACGCAGAGCAUUGAGGACGGGUGUUUGCUGGGUCUGGGACACCACCCGAAGUGUAACAUAGCAGGUUUCUGCAGCUCAGUGGAGACUUCUAGUCUAUGAGGCAAGCCUGCUAGACACCCUGGAAUAUGUUCCAAGGAGCAUGUCGGCACUUAGGUGGUUUUAGGGCAUCAAUUUCCAAUCUUCGGCUUCUGUACAUACUCAUUCCUACAACUGAUCUUCCUUGAGGGGAGCAGGGUCAAGUGGUCCACUUGGUUCCCUCAUCCUUUCACUAAGACCCUACGUACUUUCAAACACAUGUUGGCGUCAGGUGUGAAACAUCUUGGGGUGACAAACGAAGAGACAAUCCAAAGGCUAGAAAGUCUAUGACUGUAAUAAUUAGGUAAUGAAUUAUUUUGCCAGUGUAGUGGGUUUUAGUUCAUUUCCUACAAAAUUAAAGGAAGUUUCAAAUGGUUGUUCAUCCAUCAAAUAAUUUUUGAUGAUAGAUGAUCUUGUUAUUUAAGGCAUAUCAUUCAGAAGGAAUUAUAUUUUAAGUUGAGUAACAUUGAUACAAGGAUUCUUCUUUCAGUCCUAUUUAAUUUGUGUGAACAAAGUUUCUCAACACCAGCAUCCAUAAAAAUGAGACAUUGGCACAGACAUAACAUGGAAACUCAACUCAGUUUAGCAGUGACAUGUGUACUAAUAGUAGAAUAAGUAAAUCAUGUCCCAUCUAUCUCAUGGAGAGGUGUAUUUCCAAUAAAAUGUUGCUUUGGGAGUUUAAUAAUAAGAUAAAUUUCUGUUUCUUAGGUCAAUAGUAUGCCAGUAAUUAAAAGUUUGACAUCUUUAUGCUUGGAACCUUAUUUGAUGCUGUUAUAAAUGUUUCAAAAUUGUUAAGUCUCACUUUUGUACAUAUUUCUGUUUUGUUUAUAUUUUCUUUUGUUUCAUUUAUUACAAAUUUUGAAUUGAAUUUAAAUAAAAUAAAAUUAUGCUCUA